UGGGGGCGGGGCAGGGGCGGGGCGUACGAAGAAAACCCGGCGCAGUAGCUGCGGAACGCCAUUUCCCAGAGUGCUUUGAGCUGCCUGUUUUCCGAUGGAUUCUGGGAAUCGUAGUUUCGGGCUCUCCCCGCGCCGGCGCAGUACCAGGCGCUUGGGGCGUUCAGCCCAUCUUUUUCUUGUUUCUUUUCUUUUUUUGUGCAGUGACUCCCGGGCAGCAGGUAUCUUUAUUUUAGAAAUAAGACAUUUAUUAUGAUAUUCCAGAGUCUUUCAAAAAUCAUGGGCAGAAGCUUAGUGAUCACAACUGCAAAUUCUUCAGGAUUCUGGGAAGUAGUUCCUCUGAGCCUUGUGAUUUGAACUGACAAAGAUUCUGGUUUUUUCCAAGAAGGAAGAACUGAAGAAAAGAAGAUGACUUCUGAAUUCCUGACAACCUGGUCUCAGAAAUCACUGACAUUCCAGGAUGUUGCUGUGGAGUUCACCCAGGAGGAAUGGGGGCUAUUGGAGCCGGCUCAGAAGGACCUAUUCAGGGAAGUGAUGCUGGAGAAUUAUGAGAAUUUUGUUUCCCUUGGGCUUCCAGUUUCCAAACCAGAUGUGACCUCUCACCUGGAAAGAAGGGAAACAUUUAGGCUGCCGGAGGGAGAAGUCCCAAGAGGCACUUAUCUAGAUUUUCUUCAUGAAUAUAAUAUAUUUGGACGAAAAUAUAGUCUGGGCACAAUUCUCAUCCCAUGGCAGAGAAUUCCUGUAGGAAAAUAUCUCCAUAACUACGAUACACUUGGAAAGAGCUUCAAACAUUUUUCAGAUCUUAUUGAACAUAAUAGAAUUUCUUUAGGGGAAAAUCUUUUUACUUAUAAUAAAUGCAAGAAACCCUUCAUUUACCACUCAAAUGGCAUUCAUUACAAUGGAAUAUUUAAUCAAGAAAAACAUCCUAAAUGUGAUGAAUUUGGUGAAGCCUUCAGCAUCAAUUCAUGCCUUCUGGUACAUCAAAGAAUUCAUUCUCCAUUAAAACCAUUCGAAUAUAAUGAAUGUGAGAAAUCCUUCAGCCCAAAGGGAAAUCUCUUUUCACAUAAGAGAAUUCUUAGUGGAGAAAAACCCUAUAAAUAUAAUGGAUAUGGAAAAGUCUUCAGCAAUAAUCAAAAGCUGUCUCCACAUCAAAGAAGCCAUAUUGAAGAAAAGUAUCAUAAUUAUAAUGAGUGUGAGAAAAUUUUUAUUCAAAGCUCUUCCCUUAUGCAGCAUCAAACAAUUUAUACUGAAGGGAAACCCUGUACAUGUAAUCAGUGUGGGAAAAUCUUUAGUAAUAAUAACUAUCUUAUUCAGCAUCAAAGAAUCCAUACUGAAGAAAAGCCCUAUAAAUGUAAUGAAUGUGGGAAAGCUUUCAUUGAUAAUCAAAACCUAUCACAACAUCAAAGAACCCAUACUGGAGAGAAGCCCUAUAAAUGUAAUGAAUGUGGGAAGGUCUUCAUCAAUAAUCGAAACCUGUCACGACAUCAAAGAAUACAUAGUGGAGAGAAGCCCUAUAAAUGUAAUGAAUGUGGGAAAGCCUUCUGUACUACUUCUCGUCUUGAUGUACAUAAGGUCAUUCACCCUGGAGAAAGACUCUUUGAAUGUAAUGAAUGUGGGAAAGGCUUCAGGUUUAGGUCUGCCUUUAUGAAGCAUCUGAGAAGUCAUACUGGAGAGAAACCCUAUGAAUGUAAUGAAUGUGGGAAAGCUUUCAGUUGGAAGGGAAACCUUAAUACACAUAAGAGAAUUCAUACUGGGGAAAAACCAUAUUUAUGUAAUGAAUGUGGAAAAGCCUUUAGCAAUAACGAAAGCCUAACACGACAUCAAAGAAUCCAUACUGGAGAAAGACCCUACAAGUGUAAUGAAUGUGGGAAAAGCUUCAGGCAAAGUUCAUCUCUUAUGCAGCAUCAUAGAAUUCAUACUGGAGAGAAACCUUACAAAUGUAAUGAAUGUGGAAAAGCCUUCAAUAAUAGUCAAAACCUAACAAGACAUCAAAGAAUUCAUACUGGAGAGAGACCCUUUGAAUGUAAUGAAUGUGGAGAAGGCUUCAGAUUCAGCUCAAGUCUUAUGAAACAUAAGAGUAGUCAUAUUGGAGACAAACCUUAUAAUAAUAAUGAAUGUGUGAUAAAUUUUAGCCAGAAGGGAAACUUUAGUACACUUGAAAAUUCAUACAGGUGACAUCUCCCAGCCUAUCCCUCUUUGAAUCCAAUGAAUGUGGGAAAAUCUUUAAUCAGAAAGGAAACCUUAAGAAAACUAAUACUAAAACUAAUACUAAUAUUAAAGAAAAAUGUUUUUUAGUGUAAUGAGUAUCAAAAAGCUUUCAAAUGGUGUGGAAACAUAGUCUUCCUGACUAGACAUAGACAAUAGGAGCUAGAAACCUAUUGAAUGUAAGGAAUGUGAGAAAAGUUUCAUGAGGAAGCCACAUUUGCUGCACAUUAGAGCUUUGAUCCUAAUUAAAGAGACAUUCAGGGUAAUGAAUGGGGGAAGACUUUCAAAGUAGAGACCUCAAGACCAUAAAAAACAAUACUGUAGAGAGAAAUCUUUUUAAUGUAAUGAACAUGUGGAUGUAUUCAGGCUGAGUCCAAAUUUUUGCUACAUAUAAGGAAAUUAUUGUUGUACAGAACUUUGUCUAUUAUAUAUAUGGGAAAGUUUCGGCUGGUGGGAACUCAUUUCAGAUAAUUAGUACUUGGAAUCUCCAUGAAUGUACUUUAAAGCUCAUGAGAGAUUUCAUGUUGGAUAUUACCUGUGCAGACGUAAUCAUGUAGGAAAAGUUUCAGAAAAUUUUUCAGCCACAAAAUUUCAAAGUUGGAAGGGGCUGCGGACAUCAUCUAGUCAACCUUUAUCUGUAAAAGAAUCCUGUAUGUAUAGUCAAAUAAGUCAUUAUCCAGCCUUUGUUCUAAGAUCUCUAAUGAAGGAGUAACUACUGUCUCUUGAGGCAGGCAGCUCUGCUAAUCAUUAGGGAAUUUGUCUUUAUGUCAAUCUUGUAUUUGCCUCUUUAAUUUUCACCCCAUUUCUCCUCAUUCUACCAAUGAUAGCCAAGCUGAACAAACAAUCCCAUUUCCCUUCAACAGCCUAUAAAAUGCUUGAAGUCAACUUUUAUGGCCUUACUAGGUCUUCUCUUCUUCCAUGAUUACAUACCUAUUUCCUUCAACCUGUCCUCAUCUGGCAUGAACUAACUGCUUUUCCCCAUGCUGGUUGUCCUCCUCCAUGUCAUUCCUAAAAUGGAGUUCCCAGAAGUGAUAAAUGCAGCAAUUUUCAUCUCUGUCAUUUUGGGUUCUAUACCUCCUAAUAGCACCCAUCAUUUAUAGUUCAAAUGGGCAUUUUUGGCUGCCCUUGGGCAUUUUUGGCUGCCCUUUGGCAUUGUUGACUCCUUUUGAAUUACUUAGGUUACUUUUUUAUCCCCCAGAUAGAUGGUUGUUUAACUUUGCCAUCUCUAUUUUGUAUUUAUUCAAUUAAUAUUUUGAACCCAAUAUAGACUUCAUAUUUAUCCCCUUCCAUUUCAUCUUACUCAUUCUUUCUGGUGAUCUCACAGCUAAGAUAUUUUAAAUUCUGAUUCUGUGUUCCCUUGUGUGAACGCUCCCUCUCAGGUUUGUAUCAUCGAAGUUUGGUUCUGAUUGGUAGUCCUAUGACUUGAUCCAAGCCAUUAAUAGUAACAUUAAAUAAGAGAAGUCCCUGUACGGAUCCCUGGGUCACUCCAUGGAAGAUCACCUUCCAUAUUGAUAUUGAACCAUUGAUAUAAAAUGGAAUCAUAAUUCAACACUGGAGAUUCAGGGUGUCUGAUUUUACUACUGGCUAUAAUUAUAUGUUGUUUUUUUGGAAGAAAAAUGUACGGGCAUUAUAUCCUCCUUUUUGGUCAUGGCUGAUGCCAUUCUAGGUGCUAUGGGAGGGUAAAUCAAACUGGUAGUAUGCAACUUGCAGUUAGGGUCUGGGGGUAAGGGUGGAGGAACAUGGCUUAUAACACAAAUAAACUAAAACAAAAUGACACAUGGUAAAUGUCCUAAGUAGGGAAGAAUUAUUUUUUUUCUAAAUAAGCAUCUAUAAAGCACCUGCUGUGUGCCAGGCACCAUGCUAAGCACUUAUAAUAUUAUUUCAUUUUAUCUUCACAAAAAUCCUAGGAGAUAGGUGCUACCUUUAUUCUUAUUUUAUACCAACGAAGACACGAGGGCAGAUGGAGCUUAAGUGACUGGCCCAGGAUCACAGA